AUGGAGCAAAAAGCAACAAAGCUACUCAAUGAUUUGUAUCAAAUCUAAGUUGAGAAAUUUGACAAGAUAAAUCUGAAAAAUUUCAUUAGAAAGAGUGGAGCUAAAGAAGAGAUUGACGAAGCAUCUCUCAAGAAGUAUAUUCUGCAGACUCCAAUAGAAGAUCUUGGAAUUGACAAGACUGCUCUUGAUAAUCAUAUCAUCCAUGAUGUGCUCAAGAAGCCUUUAUUGAUAGAAAUAAAGGAAUUCAGAAAUGUAUCACAGCCAUUCUAAAGAGCAGUGGAUCUAGGGGAUGAGGAAAAGAAAGCAAGCAAGGCUAGAGAUGCUACAUAUCAAUUGCAAGCACAUGAUGGCAAGAGAUUCAUCAAGAUCAUUAUGCUCUUCACUGAUCAGUCUAAGUUUGUAAGAACAAUCAAUGAGUCUAACAAGUUCUGCCUUUAUGAUGCAUAUUUAAGCCCCCAGGAUACCACUACUUUUAUCUUGGACUUUUAGGAGCAGAUCACUCAGAUCUAUAAUAACAAAGAUUCUCCCAGACUCACUGAAGCCUAUAGCGAAAUCAAAGGUCUGCCGAUCAAGUAUACAAAUGCACCUAGAUUUGUAUUCCUGAACGAGAAUGCUGGUGAAGAGGGAGAGAAACAAGAAGAGGAACAAGAAGAUGAGUUCGCUGAUCUAUUUAAGCAGUUCAAUGUCCCAGAUUUGACUGGAUCAGAACGAACCUACAUCAAAAGAUAUGAAUAACUUGGAUUCUGGAGAAAGAAGUAUAAUCCCCAGUAGUAGCAGCCCUAGCAAUGA